AUGGCAGCUCUAACCAAACUCUCCCUCGAAGAAAAUAAUAUCAAUGUCAUCAACAGUCAAAAUGAAAGCUGGGAUCUAUCACUUACCCAUCUGAAUAUAGCUCGUAACCAGUUUAGGGAGAUUAACAGCUCUGCAUUCCAAGGACUCCGUACUCUCCGGUUCCUUGAUUUAAGUGGAAAUACCGAAUUGCGUGUCAUUGAUGAAAACACCUUCGCCAAUGUCCCGUUCCUCAAAAUGCUAGAUCUGUCAGGUACAGUUAUAACUGAUCUGCAUGCAAUACACCAUCUUCCUUUCCUAACUAGCCUAAUUCUACAAUCGGGAUAUUGUCCCACUCACCUGAUCCAACCAGGUAAUCUUGGUAAUGUAACGCCCUCUCUGGCUGAACUAAAUUUAGUCGACGCUGAACUCUUUACAAGCAAGAUAUGGGAUCCCAACAGCAAGACUUCUUCUUUUCUUGGCCUGUACAGGCUAUCAAGGCUGGAGCUAUCAAAGAAUGCACUGUUUCCCCUGCCAGUAGGGCUCUUCAAAAAUCUAUCCAACCUUAACAUUUUACGUUUAGAUGAUUGCAAGAUCCAUGAGCUGAAAAUUGGUGUUUUGGAUGAUCUUAGAAAUUUGUCCCAAUUAGAUUUAGCGAAUAACCUAUUUGUUUUUCUUCCUCGAGGUGUAUUUGACAAGAUUAAAAACUUGAAGGAACUGAUACUUGAUGGAAAUCAAUUAUCAUAUCUUGAUUCAAAUCUCUUCAAGUCCAACAUGGAUCUUACUUACUUAGACAUUUCAAAUAAUAAUUUAGCGGGCGUGAACAAGAGCACGUUUGAAUCCUUGGACAGACUUCGUGUCCUUAAUCUGGCAUAUAACCCUUUGGUCUGCAACUGUGAUCUUAAAUGGCUACACAGUUGGUUGAAAGGAUCAGUAGAGAUUGUUAAUUCAUUAGAUACCACCUGUCUCGAUACUCCAGCCACCCUGGCGCCCUUCGGGGGAAAGCAACUGAUCACCUUUGAUCCAAGUAAAGCUUGCGCUGUGGACAUCGCGCUAUACUGUGGCCUUUCCGUAGUUGGUGUGACGCUUCUCCUAAUGUUAGGUGUGGCAUACUAUCAUCGAUGGUGGAUUGGGUAUAAGUUAUUCCUUCUCAAGCUCUGCUUCGUCGGGUACAAUGAAAUCCGUGAGGACGUCCCUCGAGGAAACUUCCUGUACGACAUCGCCAUCAUGCUUCACGAAGACGACGAGGGAUGGGUCGAGGAACACCUUCGGCCAGCUCUCGCUAAAAGACUCCCGGAUUACGACCGCGUCGUUUGCGGUGAUAACGAGCUCAUGAUUGGUAUGCACUACCUCGACGCUGUCCACUAUGCCGUCGAAAAGAGCUUUAAAACUAUAUUCGUCAUUAGUCGUUCUGCUUUGCGGGACCAGUGGUAUCUUCUGAAGUUCCGGACAGCUCUUGAGUACAUCAACGACGUUGCAACAGAAAAGAUGACUCUUCUCUUCGUUGAAGACAUCGGUCAUGAAGAGCUUCCUUUCCUGAUUCGUUUAUUCUUGAGCGAUCAUCGACCGUAUCUCGUCUGGUCAGAUAACGAAAGGGGUCAGCAUUAUUUAUGGGAAGAAUUGGUUAAAGUCGUCACGGUCAACCUCAGAUGCAACAAUCUGGUACCUCCGUGA